AUGUCUGUUACUCUUUCAAAAACGUCGAAAAACGCUCCUCUACUCAUUCAUGAUGGAUAUUCUUAUGUUAUUGAUAAACGCAACGCGAAGAAGAUAUUAUGGAAAUGUGAGUAUUCCAGAAAAUUUAAGUGUCGUGGAAGAUUACAUACUGAUUUAAACAGUAUUUUUGAUAAAACCGUUGGUAAGCAUGAAAAUCAUGUUGGAAAUCAACGUUCUGGAUUGAUUCGAGUAUAUUAUGAACGAUUAAGAGAAGAAUCUUUAAAAAAUCAAACCAAUCCACAUAAUAUUUUAACACAAGCAAAUAUCGGCGUUCGAGAUGAAGUACGUGUCCAACUAACACAUAAUGAUAAUCUGAAAAGAAACGUCCGUCGAUGGCGAGAAGAAACCAGUACAGCAGCGAUACCAUUAGAUAUUAAUUUUCCAGUGAUUCCGGAUAAAUAUUAUCGAACAACACGUGAUACCUUAUUUCUUCGUAAUGAUACUGGUCCAAAUUCUGAUCGAAUGUUAAUAUUUUUUACCGAUGAACAACGAGACAUUAUGGAAAAUGCCACGGAUUUCUUCAUAGAUGGAACUUUUAAAGUUGUUCCGGAGAUUUUUUUUCAACUCUUCGUAAUUCAUGCUCUUUAUCGUGAUCAUAUAUUUCCAGUAUUAUUUGUUCUUUUACCUGGUAAAAGUGGUAAAAUUUACACAAAAAUGAUAAAUGACAUAAUGAAAUUAGUUCCAGCAUGGUCUCCUCAGCGAUUGAUGAUGGACUUCGAAAAAGCAGCAAUGAAUAUGAUUACUGGUCGUUUUCCUAUAGUCGAACUUAGCGGAUGUUUUUUUCAUCUAAGUCAGAGUGUUCAACGUUUUUUACAAAAUAAUGGUUUAAAAAAAAACUACGAAACAGAUCUUACAUUUGCAGAUAAUAUUCACCAGAUAUUAGCUUUAUCAUUUCUUGAACCUAAUGAAGUUAUUAAUGGUUUUAAUCAUUUAUGUACGUAUCUUGAUGACGAGUAUCAAAUAGUUCUUGAUUAUAUAGAAGAUAAUUAUAUUGGGCGACUUCGUGGACGUUCAAGACGUGUAGCAACAUUUCCUGUUCAUUUUUGGAAUAUGACGGAACGUGUAAAGAAUAAUAUGCAUCGUACCAAUAAUAAUAUAGAAGCAUGGCAUAGAAAACUAAACUGUGCAUUUCAAUGUACUCAUCCAAACUUGUGGACAUUUAUGGAUAAAUUAAUUAAAGAAGAGAAUAAUAUACAUUCGGAUAUUAUUAAUGCUAUGGCUGGUCGCCAACCACGAAAGCGACAAAAUGAAUCAUUGAACACACGAUUAUACAAUUUAGUUCAAAAUCCACAUCCAAAUGUUCAGGAUCAACUGAAACACAUUGGACGUUUAUUAUCUAUGUAG